AUGGGGAUGAAGCGAGCCACUCGUCGACGGACCCCAGCAUCCGCGCCCUGUCCUCAAUGUGGCCGGAUUUUCGCUAGGAACGACAGCUUAAUAAGACACCUCAAGACCCACAGCAGCAAUGCUGAUCAACGUCCCUACCAUCGCAUCAUCAACGACAAGUUCCGAGCUUGUAAUCAUUGCAGACGCUCCAAAAUCCGCUGCACCGGUGCCCAACCCUGCGCUCGAUGUGAGCAACUCGGUCGUGAAUGUCGCUAUAAUCAUCAGAAACCAGAUUCAGACGCUGGAUCCGAACCUCCUACAACUCCCCCUAUGCUCCAACCAGAGCAGAUUCCACGCUCCCCCAGUUUGCCUCGAGAGGCCUCAUCGCCAGCAAUAGCUUCCGACGAGCACGUAUCCAAAGUUCCCACCACUUCAAUACUGUCCUCUCCAAAGAACGCCCGCAUCAUCCUCCACCCCUCUGAUCUGACCAUCCAUGAUCAUAAUACAUCCGUCUUUACCCUCACCAAAGACUUUAUCGUGCCAGAAUCCACCUAUGUCUCACCUACCUUUCACGUUCUUGAUCCAUAUUCUUAUCGACUUCCCUCCAUUGCAGAUUCCCGAGAGCCCCCGACCCCGAGCACCCAGCCGUUGGCUCAUUGCAAAUAUGUCGUUCUGCAAGCCUUGGCCCCUUUUCUCGACGCCGACUUUGGCUCUGGGCUUGCCUGUGACCUUUUGGAUACUUAUUUUUCCAGUGCCUACUCGACCCGCAUGCAUCCGACUUGUCAUCAUAUCCACAACUUUAUCCUUCGCAAAGAUGAUAUUCUUGACCCGGUUCGCCCACGGAAGACUCACCCGGCUCUCCUGGCGAGCAUGCUCUUUGUCGCAUCUCUGAGCGAUAAGGCCUUGGGACUAUUUAGUGGUCCAGAGGAGAGAGACCGGGUCUGCAAGUACCUCAGUCUGACCACAUAUCGCCUCCUGAAUCCGGCCAGGUAUGAAUCAUUACUGAGCCAGGAAGACCUUGGCCUUCCCCCGACCUAUGGCUCUACAGCAGGCUGGACCAACGAAGACAUUCGAAGAGCUCUAGAACCCCACCAGGAACCUGAAUCCUUUACGCUGAGUGGCAUGGAUUAUGUCAUUGCCUUGAUCCACGUAUCCUCGGUCAUUAGCGGGAGCGAGAAAAAGGCUGCAAGCAUACGCUGGUGGAAUGUCGCCUUUAACCUCGCUCGAGACCUUAAGCUCAACGAGGAGGUGGAGUGUCGCCCUACCAACUCGGAUUUGACCGACUACCAGACGACGUACAAUUGCCAAUGUACCGCCAUGGUCGAUUUCGGCCAGGACGUCAUGACCGAAGUACAGCGAGAAGAGCGGAGACGCACUUGGUGGCUCUUGUUCCUCAUGGAUCGUCAUCUCGCCUUGUGCUACAAUCGUUCUCUCGCGUUGCUGGAAGCAGAGUGUAAAGGAUUAUUGUUACCUAUGGACGACAUCGCAUGGCAGUCCAACCAGCAGCCACACAGCCACGGCGUUCGGGCAGAUGGCCCGAGGUGUAUGCUUCUGCCCAUGGGAGUGGGACGGGCUCAUGGACCCCCGAUCACCUACUCUGGACCUGGCUUAUUUGAAUGGUUCUUGCCUUUGAUGGUCACGACGGGACAUCUCCUCGACUACAACCGGGCCAAGAACAACCCGGUGCUUGCAGGAUCGUCCAUGUGGAGCUCACAGGAGCGUCGAAUAACACGACAAAUCGAUCUAUUCCAGGAGAGUAUGGAUCAACAGCUGGCAUCCUUCCGAAACCCAUUGGACGACAGUAGUUUGGAAAAGGACCCCUCGUGGUCACCGUCGCCCGCAGUUCUGACGGAUGACUCGGAAGCCUCACAUUUUGCCCGAACGGUGAAUGGGUAUGCAAGCCACGUCGUUUCGGUGCUCCGGAUCCUGAUGGGAAGUAAAUGGGAUCCCAUCAGCCUGUUUGAGGAUGCAGAUUUCUGGACGUCAUCGCCCAGCUUCAAAGACUCGAUGUCUCACACAAUGGCGGCGGCGGAAUUUGUUAAGAAAAUCAUCUCGGAAGAUCCGGACAUCAGCUUCAUGCCCUACUUUUUUGGAAUUCAACUAUUGCAUGGUAGUCUGCUUCUGUUGCUGGUGGCCUACCGCCUACAAGGAGAUUCCGGCACGGCGAUCCUGGAUGCGUGUGAGGCAGUCAUUCGGGCGACCGAGGCUUGUUUCGUGACCCUUCCAACGGGUUAUCAGCGGCAGUUUCGCAAUGUCAUGAGAGCUGCAAUUGGACUCGCCAAAGGACGACGGAGUGUUGACACAGAGAAGCAGUUGGCAUUUGUCCUGGCUCGAUACAGAUGGUCGAGGAAUGGAGCUGGACUUGCACGAUGA